CAUUUGCUCGCUGUACUCCUUUCGAUUUCAAGCUAUCGACUCCUAAAAUAAAAUGGUGAGCGCCACCGUAUUUAAUGAAGAACAAAAACCGUGUAAGGCUGUUGAUGAUCGAAUAGAAAUUCCAGUGGAGACUUUGAUAAAAAACCGAAAGUAUCCAAAUGGAAAUAGUGAUUUAAGCUAUGUCCUCACUCAACUAUUCUCUGGCUUGGUUCUACUGACAAUGCUAAUUUUGCUCAGUUUCUUCGUAUUUCAACGGCUUAACCAUAAAAUGGAAAAUCUAAAGCACGAACAAAUGUUCAAUGAUUUUAUUUUGAAGUUUGACAGAAAAUACACGUCUGUGGAAGAAUUUGAAUACCGGUACCAAAUUUUUCUGAGAAAUGUUAUAGAGUUUGAAGCCGAAGAAGAAAGAAAUCUUGGAUUGGAUUUAGAUGUUAACGAGUUCACAGACUGGACCGAUGAGGAAUUGCAAAAAAUGGUUCAAGAAAAUAAAUAUACAAAAUAUGAUUUUGACACACCGAAAUUUGAAGGAAGUUAUUUAGAAACUGGUGUUAUUCGCCCUGCUUCAAUUGAUUGGAGAGAACAAGGAAAAUUAACGCCAAUCAAAAAUCAAGGACAAUGUGGAUCGUGUUGGGCGUUUGCUACAGUUGCUUCUGUUGAAGCUCAGAACGCAAUCAAGAAAGGAAAGUUAGUGUCUCUUUCUGAACAGGAAAUGGUGGAUUGUGAUGGAAGAAACAAUGGCUGCAGUGGUGGAUAUCGUCCAUAUGCUAUGAAAUUUGUGAAAGAAAAUGGCUUGGAAAGCGAAAAAGAAUACCCUUACUCCGCUUUAAAACACGACCAGUGCUUUUUGAAAGAAAAUGACACUCGGGUGUUCAUUGAUGAUUUCCGGAUGUUAUCAAAUAAUGAAGAAGAUAUCGCAAAUUGGGUUGGAACUAAAGGACCCGUCACUUUUGGAAUGAAUGUCGUCAAAGCAAUGUACAGUUAUCGUUCUGGAAUUUUUAAUCCAUCUGUUGAAGACUGUACGGAAAAGUCAAUGGGAGCUCAUGCUCUCACAAUUAUUGGAUACGGCGGAGAAGGAGAAUCAGCCUACUGGAUUGUUAAAAAUUCAUGGGGAACUUCAUGGGGCGCAAGCGGGUACUUCCGUCUGGCGAGAGGAGUGAACAGCUGCGGUCUUGCAAAUACCGUUGUUGCUCCAAUAAUAAACUGAAAACUCAUUUACUUAAGUGUUUCGUCGAAUAAAAAAUCCCAGUUUCCCGAACACUUCCAUCUAGAGUCCUCAAACAUGUUUUGGAAUUCAGAAAAAAAACACGUCGUUCAAAAAAGUUAAUUUACUUUUCAAUAGAUACCCGAUGUGUUAUAUCAAACAAUCCGCAAAGGAGCACAAAAUGUUAAUGCAAUAAAUAA